UAAAGACAAUUCCAUUGUGAAUAUAAAGCAAAUAAUAUAAUAAUAUAUUCUUACUUAUAUAAAAUAUGUACUCAUAUAAAUUAUAAAUUUAUAAUUUUAAUGGGACCAUAUAUUUACAUAAAAUUUUCUAAAAUAUAAUUAUAUUAUUAUUUUAUCGAUUUGUGUCAAAUAUUAAACUGAUUCAAAUUGGAACCGGUGAAAUUUUAUUAAUUUAUAAAGAUUAUUAAUUUAUCGAAUAUUAAUUUAUAUAUGUUCUCCGCCUCAUAUGAUGAAGUUGCAUGCGUGUAAUUUGUCCCACAAAGGUAAAUCCGAUCAGCAUCGGCAGUUCAUAUAAACCACACUUUCUUUUGAAGAUUACGUAUCAAAAUUGAUUGCACUUUUCCUUUACACAUAUGACCCUACUGAAGUAACAACACCUAGAAUUCUUGUUUCAUUUAACUUUUUCUUUUGUAUUGUCACUGUAAGUAGAUCAAUGCAUAAGAAAGUUUAUUUAGAAUUCAUGCUCAAACGUGCUGGUAAAUAAGAAAAUGAAACUGGUGAUGAGAUAGCUCAUUUAGAGUUUUAUUAAGUGCAAGAAAACAAAAGAAAGGAAAAGAUUAAUUAUAAAAAAUUAAAAUUCAGUAAUGCUUUGUUUGACAUCAUAAAAUAGGAUGAAGGAGAUACAACUCUCAAUGUUAUUUCUCUUGAACUUUUUUUUUAAAACGGGAUACCAUUUCAUAUUAAUUUCCAAGUGAAAAGUUUAUGGUUACAAGGCUUAAAACUAUGCCCGGUGUUUGAAAAUAGAAACUGAAAUGAAGCAAGAUAUAAACGCAAGAGUCAAGAGAGAUCCUGUCAUCUGUGAAAAUGCUUGAACCAAAUAGAGAGCAUCGAUGGCUUUCUUUGGAGGUGGGUGUUUGAGCUGAGAUGAUGAGAAGAAGCUGUCUCUUGAAGACUUGAACUCAUUGCACACAUUUAUAUAUGAAUCUAUCUUUGUUAAUAAUUUUAGUUACAUGGGGUUUUUGGAUUUAGUUUUAGUCAUGAUACUAGGCUUUUGUGUAUCAAGCCAACUCUAAUGGGACACCAAAACACCAAAUUUGGUAUAAUUUCAUCUCCAAUAGAAUACUAAAAACUACACCAUUCCAUCAAAUUUGGUAUAGAGUAAAUAGUGUUACACCAAAUUUGGUGUAAUAUUUUUCACACCAAAUAUUAAUAUACAUAUUUUAUUGUGUUUUAUUUUAUAACAUAGUUUAAUUAUUAUUAUUAUUAAUUAGUUCAAAUUUGUAAUUAAACAUAAAUAUACUAUUUUUACAUAAUUAAGAUAUAGUUUAUUUUAUUUUCAAGUAAGAAAUCACUAAAUGAUACUUUAUAUUGUAAAAAACAAAUAUCAUAGAACUUCUAUCUUUUACUUUUAAUAAUAUAAAAUUUUAAUUAGUAUUUUAUAAAAUAUAGAAAUUAAUAAUAUAAGCUGGAUAAGAUUAAAAUGCAUAUUAAAAUUGAAAUAACACUCAAAACAUAAAAUAAAUAUAUUAUAUUGUUAUGUUAUUUUCAUAAUUAAUACUUAGUAAUUUUAAUAUAAUAUAUAUAAAAUAAAUACAUAAAAGUAUAAUAUUGUUAAACCAAAAAAUAUAAUUGUAAAUAAAUUUUAUAAACAUAAAAUUGCAAAAAUUUACCAAACAUAAUAUCUAAGUAUGGUCAAAUAAUUAUUUAUCAAUUACAAAUAAUAGCAAUAUGAAAAUUAUUAAAACUGAAAACAUUAAAUAAUAUAUAAUAUUACUUUUUAUGUAAUAUUUAGUGUCAUGGUUGGAGAUGACAAAAAAAAUAUGACACCAAAAUACUAAAUUUAGUGUAAUUUUGAUACUAAAUUUGGUAUCAUGGUUCGAUAUCUCCUGUAUAUAGUUUAAUACUUUGUAGUUGUUCAAAAAAAAAAAGUCGGUAAAGAACUUGGUGCGGUGUGGGUGAAAUGUACGCUCCUUGUUUAAAAGUCUUUUUUUUCAUGUAAUUUCAGUAGAUGGGUUCGAACCCUGUAAAUGCAGCUUUAGUAUUUCUUAUCUAAAAACAAAAAGAUAUUUUAACAUAACAUAAUUAUAUAACCAAGUUUAAUUUUAAAAUAAAAUUAAACCAAUUAACAAGAGACAACUGUGUAAUGGUUUUGUAUGGAUAUCUCAAAAGUCUCAUUUUAAUUUUUUUCAUCUUUUUCAUACUUUUAUAUUUUAAAACUAUAAGAUAUUCACACGAAAAAUUUCCAAUAGCAAUACUUAAAAACAAAAUAUGCUAGUUCCCGUAAUAUGAAACUACCAUUUCUAUCUAGUGUGUAACAUUUUCUUUUACAAUUUAUACAUUUUGCUUGUGUAAUUAAAAGUUGUCAAAAGAAAAAAAAUCCAAAUAAGAAAGUACAAUGUUCAUACAAUUAUUUCAUUUUUCCUCUCAGCAGCAUGCAACAAAUUUCAGACAAAAUUUCAUUAAAAAAAAAUCAAAUUUCAGACAAUUGUCCUUCCGAAUUAUAUAAACCCACCACAAAGCAACAAUAAGCAAAUUAGCAAUAAGCAGUCGUAGCCCUACAAAUGGGUCCAGAAUUUUGCUAUGGCUAAAUAAUCACAAUUAAUUCACUCAUAUCAAUUGACCAAACAAAAAAUUCACUCAUAUCAAAAUAUUUUGAAGCGCAAAAUCACUCAAACAAAGCAACCAUCAUGGUUGGCCAAUUUGGGCUGCUUGAAGCUGCUAAUAAUAAAGCAUGGUGGGCUUGCUGCUUGAAUGCCUUUAACUUUAAUACAUGAUCAUAAGCUCAAUGGGCAGAAAUGCACGGCCUCUGCAUUACGAAGGCCAUAUUUGUUUUUAUAUUUGAUGUAGCAUCUAGAUGUAGCAUUUAAAUACUAUCUAGAUACUGCAUAUACAUGGUAUUCAUUUUUAUAGUUAGUAUUUUGCAUUCAGAUAUUAAAUUGUUCAUUUUUAUUUUAUAAAAUCAUUUGAAAAGUGGUUGUUAAAAAGAAAAAAAUGACAUAGUUUUAUUGCGGAAAAAUAUGAUUUACUGUUUUAGCAGGAAAAUAUAAUUUUCCGAUUUGAGAGAAAAACAUGAAUUUUUGGUUUUGACGAGGAAACACGGUUCUCGGUUUUGACAGGAAAACACGAUUUUGGUUUUGGAGAGAAAAACGAUUUCCGGUUUCCAGUUUUGGCAGAAAACACGAUUUUUAGUUUUGAUAGAGUGGAUAAAUACGAUUUUAUGGUUUUAGCGGAAAAACAAAAAAUAAAUAGAGUUUUAGUAGGUAAAUAUUACUUUACGGUUUUGGUGGAAAAACAUAAUUUUUUGGGUUUGACCGGAAAUUGUGAUUUUUCUGUUUUUUGGAAAAAUAUAAUUUUUAAUUUUGAUGGGAAAUUGUGAUUUUUAGGUCUUAGUGGAAAAACACAAUUUUAUAAUUUUGACGGAAAAACGGGAUUUUCUGGUUUCGGCAAAAAAAAACACAAUUUUUCAAUUAAAAGUAUUAUAUAAUAAUUAUAAUAACUAAUUUAAUUUUUUUUUUGAAAGAAUGUUAAAUUAAUUCAAACAAAAAAUACUGUUUACAACUAAGGUUGCUUGUUUUAAGCUCAAAAAAAAUUGAAACCUUGCUUUACAUUAGAAAAUAGGAUCAUAUGAAGGAGAACCAAGUUCCCAUCGCUAGAACUAAUUUAAUUAUUACUUUUAUUUAUAUAAAGGUUAUUUAGGUUUUUUUGAGAUGUAAAUGUAGCAUCCAAUCUAUACAUAUAUUUUAAAUUUUGUAUGUAAAUACUGAUACAAUAGUGUCUAAACAAGCAACGUCUGAAUAUUAGCAUUCAGAUACAACGUCUGGAUAUAAUAACAAACAUGGCAUAAUUCUUUUUGAAUCCUUCAAGGCUUUUGGAAUUCCUUAAUUAGUGGACAACCAUGUGAGUAUCAUCGUCUCACACACUAUUUUUUUUUAUCCAAAUUUGGAGUUCUUUUACGUGUUCUCCAUAUUUAAAUUGUAAACAAUAUAAUUUUCUGCUGUGAUACCCUCAUACAUCGCACAUUGCAUCACAUGCCUUUUAGCUCUCGAGUUUCACAAUGUCUUAGAUAUAAAAUGACUGAAUCAUUUCUACAUCCUCUGUUUUUUUUCCUUCUUUUGACCUUUGGCACUUAAUGUCUUCCGCAAAGUCAAUGAUCUCUGGCCUAACAUGGAUGAUAAUCAUGAUGAUGAUGAUGAUGAUGCAAGAAUGUAGAAGCUGCACCGAAAGUGAAAGGCAAGGUUUGUUAGAGCUCAAGGCCUAUUUUCUCUCGUUAAGUAGUGAUAUACAUCCUGACAUUGCUCGAGGAUGGAGGACGACUAGUAGACGCUCUUGUUGCAGUUGGAGAAGAGUCAAGUGUGACCUGAACAACAAACGCGUGACUGGACUCUUCCUUGGGGAUUUAUAUCCAUCAGGUUACUCAAAUACUCUUCCUAUACUGAACCUAACCUUUUUGUAUCCUUUUGAGGAGCUUCAGAGUCUCAAUCUGUCGAUGAGUAGCUUGGGAGGCUGGUUCGACCAAACACAAGGUUAUAAGAGCCAUGAAAGAUUCAGACAUCUUGAGAUUCUUGAUCUCAGUUACAAUUUUUUCAACAGGAGUGUUUUUCUUUUAUUGAAUGAGGUUGUGUCGCUCAAGACUUUGUUUCUUGGUGGCAACUAUAUUGAAGGUGGUUUUCCUGUGAAAGAACUGAUUAAUCUGAAAAAUUUGGAGCUACUAGAUCUAAAGCUCAACAAUAUCAGCGGCCAUUUACCAGGAAAAGAGCUCACCAAACUGAAGAAGCUGAAAGCUUUGGAUCUAAGUGAGAAUCUAUUAUCUGGUUCACUGCAGAUGACAGGACUUUGCAGAUUAGAGCAGUUGCAAGAGCUUCAAGUUAGUCAAAACAGAUUUAUUGGUGAAAUCCCUCACUGUUUCUCAAGAUUCUCUAAACUCCGAGUUCUUGAUCUUUCAUCAAAUCACCUAAGUGGGAAGGUUCCAUCAUUCAUCAGUAACUUCAAAUCCAUGGAGUACUUAUCACUACACGAUAACAACUUUGAAGGCUUGUUCUCUUUGGAUUUGAUCUCUGAGUUGACAGAGCUCAAGGUUCUCAAACUCUCUUCCAAGUCUAGUAUGCUGCAAGUAUUAGAGACAAGUGCUUCUUCCACUGGCCUAAAAUCUCAGCUAAGGAGUCUCACAUUGUCAAAAUGCAACCUGUCUAACAUCCCCGGUUUUCUCCGGUAUCAGAAGGAACUGAGGGUACUAGAUCUCUCCAGCAACACUCUAUCCGGACCCGUCCCCACUUGGCUGCUAAAGAAUAACACAAAGCUUCAGGUUCUGUUAUUACAGAACAACUCAUUCAACACCCUUACACUUCCAAGACUUCACAAGUUACAGUUUCUUGAUCUUUCAGCUAACAACUUCAACCAUCAACUCCCCAAAGAUUUUGGUUUGAUGCUUCCGAGGUUGAGGCAUUUGAAUCUCUCAAACAAUGAGUUUCAUGGGAACAUGCCGUCCUCUGUAGACACAAUGGAGUAUUUUGAGUUUAUGGACUUAUCAUACAACAACUUCUCAGGGAAGUUGCCAAGAGACCUCUUCACUGGUUGCUAUUCACUGAAGUGGCUUAAGCUAUCUCACAACAGCUUCACUGGUCCAAUCAUUCCAAGAUCUAGUGACGCGACGUCGUUGAUGACUUUGAUCAUGGACAAUAACAUGUUUACUGGGAAGAUCACAAACAAACUACGCAACUUAAGACUCUUGACAGUGAUAGACUUAUCUAACAACUUCCUCACAGGUACCAUUCCAAGAUGGUUAGGUGGUUUCUUCUUAGACAUUCUAAGGAUCUCAAACAACCGUUUACACGGCGUAAUACCUCCUUCUCUGUUCAACAUACCAUACCUAUGGCUAUUAGACCUCUCAGGAAACCUCUUGUCCGGUACCUUACCGCUGCGGUCUGACUCGGACUACGGUUAUAUAUUGGACUUACACAACAACAAUCUCACUGGUUCUGUUCCUGACACGUUGUGGAAAAGACUGGUUCUGCUUGAUCUGAGGAACAACAGACUGUCAGGAAACAUCCCCCGGUUCAUGAGCACACCGAGCAUCGAUGUUGUUCUGUUGAGAGGGAAUAACUUGACUGGCAAGAUACCCAAAGAGCUUUGCGGUUUAAGAACCCUAAGAAUGUUGGAUCUUUCUCACAACAUGUUGAGUGAGUCCAUACCUUCUUGUCUCAGUAAUCUAUCAGGAGAUGGUGGUAAUGAUCCAGAUUGGUAUCCAGCAAACAUGUUCUCAAACUUUAUGGAUGUGUACACCGAAGUGUAUUACGAAUCUUUACUUGUGUCGGAACGGUUUGGUCUAGACUACUCGGUAGAUUUUAAAGUCCAAGUCCAGUUUGCUGUGAAACAGAGAUAUGACUCGUACAUGAGAGGAACUCUUAACCAGAUGUUUGGUCUUGAUCUGUCGAGUAAUGAGUUAAGCGGUGAGAUACCUGAAGAGCUAGGAGAUCUCAAGAGAGUACGUUCACUGAACCUGUCACGGAACUCAUUGUCUGGUUCUAUACCUGGAAGGUUUUCAAAUCUUAAAAGCAUAGAGAGCUUGGAUGUUUCUUUUAAUAAGUUACAUGGAGCCAUUCCUUCACAACUCACAAUGCUGCAAUCUCUUGUUGUCUUUAAUGUUUCUUACAACAGUCUAUCAGGUGUGAUUCCGCAAGGUAAACAGUUCAACACCUUUGGUGAGAAUAGUUACUUAGGUAAUGUUCUUCUCUGUGGAUCACCUACCAAUAAAAGCUGUGGUACUACAAUGAGCUCAGGAGAAAAAGGAGAAGAGGAAGAAGAUGAUAAAAGUGGAUUGAUUGAUGUUGUGGUCUUGUGGUGGAGCCUUGGUUCCACAUAUGUCACGGUUUUGAUUGGGUUUAUGGUGUUUAUGUGCUUUGAUUCUCCAUGGCGCCGAGCAUGGUUCUGCCUUGUUGAUGCGCUUAUUGACCGUAUAAAAUAUCUACUCGGAGUUAUCUAGAGAGGGUUCGAGGGAGAUGUAUUUUGAUAAAUUAUCCAAACUUAUUAUUGAUUUUUGAAUGCAACCAUCUCAAAAUCAUUUACAUGUGAUUCAAACAUUAUCUUUGAUAUUUAGAAGUCAUAGAUGAAUGUAGGCAUUGACACAUUUAUCGGAAACCGAGAACUGACCCGAACCGACCAGAAAAAGAGGUUUGGUUGGAGUUUGGAUUUACAAAUUACCUUAACGGAUUUUAUAUCUCUAGAACCAAAGAACCCAACUGAACCAAAAACAUAAUGAAUAUCCAAAUUUCUAUAAUAUAGUUUAUAUACUUAUAAAUAUUAAUUAUAUUUAGUUAUAAUCAAAUAAUUAAAAAAUAUUAUCUCUAAACCGAAAUACCAAAAAACAAAAUUACCAAAAUACUUUUUAUCCAAAAUAUUUAAAAUUAUUCAAAUUAUCCAAAUUUUUAUCCGAAAAUCCAAAACUGAUAUUUAAUCCUAAAAAUCCAAAAUUUUCUGAAUUUUUAAUCCAAAUUAACCGAAAAACCAGAACCGAAAUAGAAUCCAAAAUUAUUUCGGAUAUUAGCUGGUUCCUAACUUUGUUACCCGAACCGGACCAAGAACCAAAAGAUCAAAUUGAAUUUUCUAAAUAUCUGAACAUAUCCUAAACUUCGAAAACCACAUAACCUAAGAACUAAGACCAGCACCAAGAGCCGAAUGAUAGGUCUGGGUUGUGGUUCAAAUUUUCCCCGCCAACCCGCGGGUUGAAUAACUCUUUUGUUUGAAAACAGACCUACACAGCCCGCAAAGAACUAAAUUUAUACACACUCCGCCAAAAUUUGUCAAUAAUAUUAAUAAUAAGACAAAUUUUACUUUUAUAUUUUAAAUUUUAAUUAAUAUAAAAUCUAUAUUUUUAAUUAAUAGUUUUAUAAAUUUCAUUAUUUAUUAUUAUAUAUUAAAAUGUUUCUUAAAAUAUAUAUUUUUAAUUUUGCAAGUUGCGGAUACCGACAAUUUAGGUUUUACUGUCCCACGAAAAAGUAACUUAACCCGCAUCAGCCUUGCAAUACAAAUAUUUCAAAUCAUUUGACCCGCACUUGCCCCCCGCUGCGAGUCAAACGGGAUGGGUCCCAAGAUUAAAAUUUCCAGCUCUACCGAAUGCCCAGGGCGGGCUAGGUGAAUGCAUCCAUCUUUUAUGAGCGAGGACGUAUCAUGAGAGGUCUUAAAAAACAUCCAAUCGUUUUUCAAUAUUAUGAAUAUUUAUUAAGAAAUAAUCAUAAUAAAUGCAAUGAGAAGAAUGUGGAUACUGGUUACUGCCUCCCAAAAUGAAGCAUGGGAGAGAGUUAAGUUGGUUAGAAAAUGGAAUGUUGUAUGAUAUUUUAUUGAAAUAUUAAUUACUUUUUUUGCAACUAUAUUAAUUAGACUUCUUUUCAAAUAUUUUAUAGGAGCAUUUUUAAAAAUUAUUUUCACCAAAGAUCAUGUAUCCUUAUUCCUUAAAUCAUCCUAGCUCAUCUAAGUAUCAUACUAACUGUUCAACUUUUUAUGAUGAGUCGUGGAAAAAAAUAAAUGUAUUUUGUUAAUAUAAGUAUUAACACUAACUAUUUUGAACAUUUUUAAUGCAUCGCUAUUUUCUAUAAAUUAGAAUAUUAAAACUCAUAAGCUGAUGAUUAUUCUUAUAGUCCAAUGAUUAUUUACUGUAAAAUAUCGUGUUAUCCUUGUAAAAUUCGAACCCAAAUGUUUCACGAUCUAUGCAAAGAUGAGCUUCAAACUUUGUAUAUUCGAUGAUGACAUAAUAAUAGAGGGACACGAGGAAAAGAAUGACAGCUACUAACUGUGGAAAGACACAUGGGAAAGUCAAAUCAAAUCACUGAUCUUUGGUGUAACAAGGUAUGGCUCCACAGCUAGCUCAUCUAUGCCCUUCUCUUUUAUAUAUUUCCCACAAAGGAAUACAAGUCAAAAUGGCUGUGAUCUUUAAACAAAAUUGACAGUAACCAGUUCCAAAGAGUCUCUAAUCGAUCGACAUAUUGGACGAGCCUAGUAUGAUAUCAGUACAUCUUAUUAUCUGCCUUCAGUAGAUGCACAUUUUUCUGUGUGUUUCAAUAAAUCAGUAACGGAAGUGUUGUCUAUUAAGAGAAUAAAACACAAAAAAUGGUAACUGAUUAUCCCAAACUAUCCGACUAAACUCUUUCUACGCAAGAUAUUCAAAAAUGAUUAUCUGCAAUUUGAUCUGUUUGUUCUACAUACCAUGAGCUGUUUUUUCUAUUAGCUGUAUGCAUGUAUCUGUAUUACAAUAUUGACUAAAAUAUUUAAGGCCAAAAGUUUCUAAUCAUUUUUUGUUAAUAAAUAUAGUUAAUUUUUUUUAAAGGUGUCACUAUUUUAUUUUGUACAAAAGUAUCAAUAUUAUGGUUGACGUGUAUAUAUCAAAGAAAAAAAACUAAUCUAAAAGGCUACAAAAUUGUUUCCCCAUCAAAAUUGAGGUUAUUCUUGAACCCAAUAAAUCAUCUAUGGUCAUCAAAUGAAUUAUUUGUAAGAAGUAUGAGAUUUUUAAAAGACAGGAAAUACACGUUCCCACAAUUAAUUACAUGCAGACGAAGCCAGGCUAGUUUAGAUUAGAAUGGCCCGCAUUCUUAUCCCAAACCAGUUUAACCUGUCCCGGGUCUAAUGACAUACCACUUCGGUCUGGUUUAAAGACGGCUCUUUUUCAUGAUUAAAAAUUAAAUUUCAUAAGAACGAAAAAAAAAAAAUUUACA